AUGAAGUUGUCGCUGCUCCGGAGGAACUCCUCGACCCCGCCACCCUCGCCGGUGACCAGCCCCAAGACCACCCCACGCACCCCGACCAGCGGAGGCACCACCGGACUGGGCAAGUGGGAGGACCAACUGCAGCAGCAGUCGUCCCGCCGCCGGACAUGGUCGGGGGCGUCGAGCUGGGCGGCGGUGGUGGAGGUGCCGCCCGCGUGCUUCCCUCGCCCACGGCCUCGCCCCGGGACCGGCCGUGUUCGCCCCGGUGGGUGCCCGACAAGGCCAACCCCGACGAGCAGCUGCUACGCGCCCACGCCCAGGCACAGGCCAUGGCCUACAUGA